UCCAGACUGGAGUAGCGCGGCUAUAAGAUCUGCCCUUAUGACCACCGCAAAACUAAGCAACAAUGUAGGCAAGCCAAUAACAGAUUCACUCGGAAAUACUGCUACGCCAUUUCAAUACGGGGCAGGCCACAUCCAGCCAUCAAAAGCUGCUGAUCCGGGACUCGUAUAUGAUGCUUCUUACACUGAUUAUCUCCUGUUCCUGUGCAGCAGCAGCAGUAAUUUACUGGAUCCAUCUUUCACCUGCCCCCAAGUUUUACCUUCUCCGAGCAAUUUUAACUAUCCGUCACUUGCAAUUUCUAAUCUGAGAAGCGUUUUGACGGUCAGGAGAAGUGUUACAAAUGUAGGCAUGGGAAACUCGACGUAUUCAGUAACGAUCAAUCCGCCACCUGGUUACUCGGUCCGAAUUUCACCGGCAACCUUGUAUUUCGGUGCAGCAGGGGAAAAGCAGAACUUCAGCAUUACAGUGAGAGCUGGACGUGCUGCCAGGAGAAAUGUGUUUGCAUUUGGUUGGUAUAGUUGGAGUGACGGGAUUCAUCUAGUAAGAAGUCCAAUUUCAGUAUCAAAGGCAUAAUUGGAAUAUUUCUCCAUUUUGCCAGUUUAACGAUUGUUGCUGGUCGUGCCGCUUUCUUUUCUUUCUUUCCAAUUUUAUUUUUAUUUUUUCCUGUUUUUUUGGGUAUUAUGCUCCUCAAUAAUUAUGUAUUUGUAAUUAUCGAACCAAGCGCCAAAUAUUAAAUGUAGAAUAUAACUU